CCUCAGACAGACUCAGUCUAAAACGUGUCGCACCUCUGGCACGUCUCUCCAAAUAUAUUGCGCACCGAUUCGAUUGGGAUUAUAUAUUCUGAUAUCUCACAAUGGCUAUCGUCGCCAUCACUAUGAAGCUUCUCUUGGUGGCCUGUCUGGCGCUGAUCUCUCUCACGCCGCCGGCCUCCUCGAUCCAUACUUGUCCUAGCCACCAGAGCUGCGUGGACAAGAAGAUCUGCGAGGUGAGCGACGACUCCGGCCGGGGGAAACUGGGCGUGCGGGUCCUUGACCUCAGCUGUGGCCCCAGCCAAGUGUGCUGCGAUAAAGCGCAGCUGGAGAGCUACUAUAUCGAGAUUGAGUACCGCAAACAGCGCCAGGGAAAUCCCUGGCUCUUCACAACUACGACGACCACGACGACUAUUACUGCCAAGGCGGACGAGGGCUACAAAAGCUGUGGCCUGCUAAAGGAAUGUGUGCCACGGCACCUCUGCAAGACCGGAGUAGUCAACGAGGACGGACGGUACAUCAUCAAGGCGCGCAUAAAUGAGGACAGCAACUUUGGCUGUCGCUCCGUGGAGCAGUGCUGUCCACUGGACGACCAGAUCGAGGAAGAAAAGAAUCCCAACCUGCGCAGCGUCCAGGACUUUCAGUUCAAGGGCUGCGGUUAUAGCAAUCCGCGGGGCCUGUACUACACGCUGGAUGGCUACAACGACAACGAGUCCAUCUUCGGCGAGUUCCCCUGGAUGAUCGCACUGAUGGACAUGGAGGGGAACUUCAUCUGUGGCGGCACCCUGAUUCACCCUCAGCUGGUGCUGACCAGUGCCCACAACGUGGCCAACUACACCGAGGACUCGCUGCUGGCGCGGGCCGGCGACUGGGACCUCAACACACAGACUGAGCGGCUUCCCUACCAGAUGCGCCGGAUUAGUCGCAUGCAUCGCCAUGAGAACUUCAAUAAGCUGACCUUCUACAACGACAUCGCCCUUCUGGUCCUGGAGCGACCCUUCCAGCUGGCCCCGCACAUCCAGCCGGUUUGCCUGCCGCCGCCGGAGUCGCCGCAGCUGUCAGAGCAACUGGAGCGGGCGCAGUGCCUGGCCACAGGAUGGGGGCACAGCAACAGCUCGUCCCGCACCAUGGAGCACUUGCUAAAGCGCAUUGUCCUGCCCGUGGUUGACCACGAGUCCUGCCAGCGUCUGCUGCGUCUCACUGUCCUGGGUCGUCGCUACCGCCUUCACGACAGCUUCAUCUGUGCCGGCGGUGUGAAGGGCAGGGACACAUGCAAGGGCGACGGCGGCUCUCCACUGUUCUGCAUGAUGCCGGGGCAGCCGGAUCGCUAUCAGCUAGCCGGGAUUGUGUCCUGGGGCAUUGAGUGCGCCGAGAAGGAUGUGCCGGCGGCCUAUGCGAAUGUGGCCUACCUGCGGAGCUGGAUCGAUGAGAAAAUGGUGGAGUGUGGCUUCCCGCCGAGUGAAAAUGUUUGAGAUCAGAGGAAAUUUAUAGCAAAAGCGAUCAAGUAUACAUUAUAAUUAUUUUCAGAGUUGUUGUCAAUAAUAUAUUUUAUUUGAUUUUUGUCUACCACA